CAGAUAUACUGUUUGAUGAAUUGCCUGUGUAUGGAAACAGAUUCAUGUGAUGCAUUGCAUCCUAGGCCCCAGGUGAAAGCCACACUUCGCCUUGGCACAGAAUCAUAUUCUGUUCAGGCAAACAAAGGUUCUUUAUCAGAGCAAUUAGUUUUAUUGAAAGAGGAAAGCAUGACCAUAUUGAAGGAUUUCAUAACAAAGCAUAAUGUUCCUCACGAUGUCCCAGAUGAGUUAUUAGAAGCAUCUUCAGAAGAUGAUGAUGAUAUUCCUGAGAAGCCUCAAGUGAAGUCUAAGAAAACUAAGAUCACUUAGCUUUUGAAAUAUGUCAGAUUUGUCUGAGUGCUUUGAUGUGUGUAACAUUUAGUUAGUUUAUUGAAAAAUUUACAGAAUACUUUUGGAUGACAGACAGCACCUACCGACUUUUAGCUUUAUGGAAAUAGUAUUGUGUCUUCAUAUGUUUUUAGUUGCUCUUCCGUUAAUCUGCCAUAGUCUGUACUGUGUGGUUCUUUUUGCAGCUGAAGUAAAAUCUGGAACCAUCAACGGUUUCAACUA